CGUCGGGCAUCGCGAUCGUUAGCCCCCUUACGCGGCAACAGCGCGGUCUGUACUGGGCCGACCCGAAGGCGAGCGUCAUCGAGACGACGUUGCUCGACGGGAGCGAUCGCCAGAUCGUGCGCAAGUUCCCUGCUUACAGCGACAAGCCGUACAAGCUGGAUGUGUUUGAGGACACUCUGUACGUUAGCAGCUACCACGCCGGCAACCGCUCGCUCUACAAGCUAGACAAGUUCGGCGGCUCGGACGUGGACUACCUCGCGCGGAACAUGCGCGGCACGGCGGACGUCGUCAUGGUGCAGGAGAACAAGCAGGAGAAGAACUUUCCUAACCCAUGUAAGAACAACCCGUGUUCGAAGCUCCACAGCAAGAUGAUCUGCAUCAACCAGCCGCUGACCGGCGACCACGUGUGCGUCUGUCCAGCGACCUUGCUCAAGGUCAACGACACGUGCAAGCAGCAGGACGAGAUCACGCCCGACCUGUGCAGCAAUCAGUGCAUCAACGGAGGCACGUGUCUGCUCAGCAACCUGGGCGUCCAGAGCUGUCGCUGUCCCAGCCUGUUCACGGGCAACCGAUGCCAGCACAAUAUCUGCGCUGACUACUGCCUGAACAGCGGCUCCUGCAAGGCGUCCCCCGCGUCGCAGUCGCCCGCGGCGGAUCCCACACCGAUAUGCAGCUGCCCUAUCGAGUACAAGGGAAAGCGAUGUGAGGUGUACAAGUGCUCGGGUUACUGCGUGCAUGGCGGAUGCCUGCUCAACUCUAACGGCGAACCGUCCUGCGAGUGCGUGGAUGGCUGGACGGGUGAGAAAUGCGACCAGCACAUACCGUCGUGCGAGAACUACUGCAAGAACGGUGGCACCUGCCACCUGAAGAGCGACGGUCUGCCCGAGUGUAUGUGCACGCCAAAUUUCCUGGGAGACAAGUGCCAGCACUGCAACAAGCUAAAGUGCGAGAACGAGGGCAUCUGUCAGUACGACCCCAGCGCCCCCUACUGCAUCUGCCCGCAGCCGUACGAGGGCAAGCGCUGCCAGAACAGCAUGUGCGACCGCGUCAACUGUACGGCGAACGGCGUGUGCGUGGCGCCGUCUGGUGUGCCGAAGUGCAAGUGUAACCUUGGCUACGCGGGCAAGUUCUGUGAGCAGGAUCUGUGCACGAGCUACUGCCAUAACGGAGCGCCCAAGGUGAACAACAUCAUCACUGGACUGCACUGCUUGUGUCCUGCAGGCUUCACCGGUAAUCGCUGCGGUGUCACCAUCGCCGGACUGAAGGGUCCCGUGUCCGGUGACUCGUCACAGUCUCAAGACUGGCUGCUGCCCGUCGUCGUCACCGUGGUGAUCGCGGCGGCGUUGGUCGUCAUCAUCGUCGCCGUCGUCUGCUACCGGCGGAGGCUGCGCAGCAAGGGCUUCUCGCACAUGCGCAUGACGGACAACGCGAACGUCGAGAUCAGCAAUCCGAUGUACAUGCGCGACUACGAGGACGAGCAGGCGGGCGAGGCCCUGGAGGAGUCUACGCUCGCGUUCAAUGAAGAGAAGCCAACAAACUUUUCGAACCCGAUGUACGACACGAUGUACAACGAGGGAGGCAAGAAGGCGCGCCCGAGCGAGGAGACGAAGGGACUUCUGAACUCCGCCCCGCACGGCGCGGGCGAUACCGGCAGCGGCGGCGGCGGGGGAGGCGGCGACGUGCCCGACCUCUCGUUUGCGUGAGAGCGUCGCGGCGCGUC